AUGCCAAGCCUUACCAACAUGGGACUCGCAGUCUCUGCCGCAGCUUUGAGUUCCGCUCAUGCCUUUGUCAUCCCAGCAGAGCCCCGCUCACUGCGUGGCAUUCAGACAGAGGCCAGCGGUGCCAGUGCCCCAUCCUCCUCUGCGAGCGGCUUCCGUGCUGGUCCUGCAGUGGCCGUUGGUGCUGUUGCCGGUUUGGCCGCGGCUGGAGUAGCAAAGACGCGCAGGGGCCAUGCGCUGGCCAAGGGUCAAAAGGCUUCUGUGAGGCCCGGUGCCACCAACCGCUCCCUGUCAUCCGCUCGUGUUGUAGUUUGUGCCAAUGCUCCUUUGGAGGGUCGCAAGCUGCGAGUGGCAGUGGUUGGAGGUGGACCAGCAGGAGCAUCCACUGCAGAUUCGCUUGCCCAGGCAGGUAUCGAGACCUAUUUGAUCGAGCGCAAGCUCGACAACUGCAAGCCAUGUGGCGGCGCCAUCCCUUUGUGCAUGAUCGACGAGUUUGACCUUCCGAGGGACAUCGUUGAUCGCCAGGUGCGAAAGAUGACUAUGAUCUCUCCUACCAACAAGGAGGUUCAAAUCGGCCAAACUCUGAAAGACGACGAGUUCAUCGGUAUGGUGCGCCGCGAGGUUCUUGAUGAUUUCCUCCGCCAGCGGGCUAAGAGCAAUGGGGCCACCUUGAUCAACGGCCUUUUCGUCGGAAUGACCAUGCCACAGUCCAAGGGCGAGCCAUACGUGUUGACUUACAAUGACUACGAUGGUGAAGAAGGCACUGCACGAAAGGGCGAGAAGAAGACUCUGGAAGUCGAUGUUGUGGUGGGUGCAGAUGGUGCAAACAGCCGAGUGGCAAAGGACAUCGAGGCUGGUGACUACGAAUAUGCCAUCGCAUUUCAGGAGCGCAUGCGAAUCCCCGAGAACAAAAUGGACUACUACAAGGACAGGGCAGAGAUGUACGUCGGUGAGGAUGUUUCUCCUGACUUCUAUGCUUGGGUCUUCCCUAAAUGCGACCACGUUGCAGUCGGCACUGGAACGGUUGUGGACAAGAAAGGCAUCAAGAAAUAUCAGCAAGGCAUUCGCGAUCGGGCUGCUGUGCGCAUUGACGGUGGGAACAUCAUCCGUGUGGAAGCUCACCCUAUCCCUGAACACCCACGACCUUGGCGUGUGAAGGACCGUGCCAUCUUGGUGGGUGAUGCAGCUGGCUACGUCACGAAGUGCUCUGGCGAGGGCAUCUACUUUGCUGCCAAGAGUGGCCGCAUGUGUGCUGAGACGAUUGCGAAGAACUCCCAGAAUGGUGUUCGCAUGAUCGAUGAGGCAGACCUCAUGGAGCACAUCAGGGAGUGGGACUCCAAGUACGGCCCAACGUAUUUGGUGCUUGACUUGCUGCAGAAGGUUUUUUACACCAGUGAUGCUGCCAGAGAGAGUUUUGUCGAGCUUUGCGAGGAGGAGUACGUGCAGAAGGUGACAUUUGACUCUUACCUGUACAAGACCGUUCAGGGCAAUGACCCUAUGGGUGAUUUGAAGUUGGGAUGGAAGACUCUGAGCUCCUUGUACAAGUUCAACAAUCAGAAGACUCCUGACCCAAUGCGGACCCUGGCAUGA